GCUAAUCAUGAGUUGGAAUGAAAUCGCCAAUGGCCAUAAAUUUAAAGCUUUGAAUUAUAUGUUCAGAAGUGUACAUGCAAGUCUAUAGCCUGCUGUGAAAGCAGUAGUAGCAUGGAAUCGGACUGAAACCUUAAUAGUAGCCUAGCAAAACAUUAAUAGCUGGUUUUCGUCCUUGGCUUUUUGUGCAAACAAUGUUCACGGUCACAUCACUGUGGUCACAUGCGCUAGGUCCUCUGUAAUUUGAUUUCAAAACAUGUCAGCGUUAUGAAACAGAACUCAUCCGGGAACUCACCACAGCCAGAUUUGGAAAUUGCUUUUUGCAGCAGGUAGGCCUACAAGGAGAUAUGGAUGGAUAUCUAUAGAAUGAUAACUGCUUCUCUUGGACUAAAAUUAUAAUUCGUUGAUGGCCUGUAUAAAGUUUCAGCAGAUGUUAUGGGGGAAAGAUUUUCGUGAAAAAAGCUACUCAACAUAACUCAUAAAAGUAAUGUUGAACGCAGAUUGAUUAGCAUUGGAUAAAAUUUAAUUCAAUCUGAAAACAUGGAUAAAAAAGCUACGAAUCUUCUUAAAGGAUACAUCACGUAUGAUCGCAGUUUCAACAAGCGCGUUCUUGCAGCUGAUACUGAGAUACAUGAAGCUUAUAAAAUAGCUCAAGAAAGGGGAGCACUUCCUUUUAACAGAACCAAGAUACUUAUUCUAGGUGACCACGCUGCUGGAAAGACUUCAACAUGCAGGCGUUUACAAGGAAAGGAUUUUCGAAAUGAUGAGGCUAGCACCGUAGGGAUCGAAACCAAUACUGUCAAAGCCAAAGUUUGUGAUGUUAACAGUAGUUGGUGUAAAAUAUUAAACACACCAUUAGAGGAUUAUGAAAGUUCAGCAGCAUGGUGGGCAGUAUCACACGUGCGCAAACGCGAUAUGAAGAAAGCCACCAAGGAUGGCAGCACGCCAGAAGUAAAUUUAAAGGUCACAUUAGGGCAAAUAGUUGAAGAUAUCUUCUAUCAAAUAAUACACAAUAUUCCCAUCAUAAUUACGUUUCUAAUCGGUGGUUUUACUUUCGGAUUUGGACUGUUCGUAUGGACCUAUAUUGUUUGCUUGAUGUAUAUAUUCGAUGUUCACACGGCGUACCGCUUCGGUUCCGGAUACGCAAUUGGAAUGGUACUCAUAGACAGCGCAAUGGGUAUAGAGGAAACUUACACGGAAUUACAAGACAGUGAAUUGGAUUUAUGGUUCAAUAUGUCUGCUGUCAUGAUGGCUUUCAUGUAUGGAUUAGUUGGCCUAAUUACUGGCGUGCUUAUGGGCUCAGGUGGCAGGACUGGAGUAUGCAUAGCAUUAUGUAUAAUGGUUCAUCCUAAGCAGAAAACCUUUACCAUCGAUAAUGUCACAGAACAGUUAUUAGUCAUCUACGGUAAAGCGUAUUACAACUUGAUAAUUUGCAUCAUUGCACUUGUUUUUAUUUUGAUAUUUAAACUUGUUCACGCUAGGAUGUUAACAAUGAGUCGAAGGAACUUUUCACUUGUAAUAUUUAGUGCUACUAUUUUCAUUACAGCCGCAACCUUUAUCAUAAGGCCUUGUUUUCUAAGCAUAUUUACUACUUCGUAUAUUGCGGUAAUCGUGAGUUGUACAUCAGUCGGGACAAUUUUGGGAAGAAAAUCUGUUGCCUAUGGAUAUAUCCCUCAAAUCUAUAUUUUCAAAAAAACUGUUGGUUUUAUGGCUGGAAUAUUUAUAGCUGUUGUUUGUGGAUGGGAACUGGCAGACGUGAGAACUCUGAGAUUAGAUGAUUCACAAUAUGUUUCUACUCCACGACAUUUGUUUAACUUAUUGCUCUUUUUCACCCCAUUCAUUGCAUUUAUUGCAUAUGAAUUGCACGCAUAUAUGAGAGUGAGAAAUACAACAUCCAUACCUAUACAUCAUGUCAGACAAUCAAUGAAAGCAAGUAUUCGUAACGAAUCUUAUUUAGAUGCUAGGCUCAGUCUAUGGGACUUUGCAGGGCAAGAUAUGUACUACAACACACAUCACCUCUUCUUGUCAAAGCAGGGUGUGUAUCUCGUUCUUUUCAACGCCGUUGAAGCUGUUUUGAAUCCUGAGAAACAAAUUCAACGGCUACAAUUCUGGUUGCAAUCAAUUGCUAUGCAUGCUGAGGUUGAAAAUGUUGUAGUUUUUCUUGUAGGAACAAGACGAGACAGUGUUAACGACACGAAUGCUCUUAUGAGUUUUUUAACACUUGCAAAAGAACAUCUCUACAUACGGUUUUCUACGUUGCUUGCAUUUCAUCCAUCUGGAAGCCUUUUCUUUUUAAUCGAAAACGCUUUACAAGUGGACUACCAACGAAAUAUUUUACGAGCGGCUAUCUAUGACGAAAUACAGAAACUAACGUUUUUUCAGGAAACAUUUUCCGUAAAAUAUCUUUUAUUUAAUGAAUCUUUAAACAAGUUCCGCCUACAAAAAUGCAUUAUUACGAAAUUAGAAGAAAUUUCAGAAGAAGUAAAAUCAAGAUGUAAUAUAACGUCACAGAACGAGUUGCGUCAAUUCUUAAACUUCUUUGAUAGAUCUGGUGACGUUAUAUACAACGAACGUGAUGAGAUACUCAGAAAAUUCGUCAUUUGUGAUCCUCAAAUGCUUGUUGACAUUUUGCAGUAUUUGGUAAAUGUGCCUGCACCUCAUAAGAGAAAUCGGACAGUAGCUGACUACUGGCAGAGAUUGAAAGACACAGGAAUCGUUGAUAGUAGAUUGCUAGAGCAUAUCUGCCGACAAAAAGGAAUCUGGACGCUUUACCCUUAUGUUAUUCGUUUCUUAGUGGGGACACAUCUACUUUUCCCUCUUAAUGUUACUGAUCAAGUCGACCAAGUCGGAACAUUCCUUCUUUCAUGUCAACUGCCGAAGAUCACUUUGAUGUCAUCUAUAUGGAACAGGAAUGAUUGUUCCCAAACUAUCUUUUAUAUUGACUUUGGAGAAAUCAUUCCUGAAUUUAUUUUUUUGCGUCUCAUAGCUAAAUGUUGUGAAAUGUUUACUUGGGAUAAGAUCUACUACAAUGCAGCAAGAUUCAGGAUUAGCAAAUCCUGUCUUUUUGUUAUUAGCACAACAGUCAUUUUUGGAAGCAUUAAUUCAUACGAUCGGAAUCUGAUCAAAAUCGCUGUGCACAAUGAAGACCAUGCAGAGUUUAUUAAUGUUGUACAGAAAAUGAUAAAUUUUACUGAAGAGAUAAUCAAUCGGGAUUUCAAUCCGGACUACUUUCAAAAUCAGUAUAUUUAUGGUCCUGAAUGCGAACAGUGCAGUUUGUUAGAUGGAACAAUGUGUUUGGUAAACCUCAUAACACCAGGGAAUGAUAUGUCUUCUUUGGACGGCUACAAGCCAGACCAUUACCAUAAGCUUACGUUUGAGAGAAAGUUCAGUUUAACGUGCAGUCGACUAAUGAACAAUUAGGUCUGGAUAUCUUGCUAGCUCUCCAUUUAAAGAAAAAACUCAUUGCAGUUGUGUUCAUUGUUAGUACGUACAGCGGGGUUGCCGCCGUUCUGGUUGUCUUUCUCUGAUGCUCUUGUCAUAUUACUAUAAACUCAUAUAACCAUCACUUCCUUGUGGAAAAGGAAGUAUUGUACAUAUAAACACUGUAAAUGUAAAAUUGUAUCUUAUUAAAAUGCUAAACAAAAAAAAAUUCCUUAGAUUUAUCUAAUAAUUAAUAAUUUUUGCUUGAUCUAAUCAUUGAGGUUUAAACAUUUCUUCAUGGUCUAAUUGAGUGUGUUUAUGCCAGAUGCAAUAUUUGGCAUAUCAUCAUAACAGACAGUUUCAUGUACACAACACUACAAUUACCAUCAUACCCCCUUCACUGACUUGCAAUGCCCAUAAUAUCAUGUAUCUUAUAUGGUGUACCGUAUGUGCAGGGGUAUGUACAUUUAGACAAAUGAUGAAUAAUCACAAAAGCUCUAUAAGACACAAAUGUAAUUUGUAAAAUGACCUAGACACACCAAUAAUGAUAUGAGAUGCAUCAUUGUAGAAAGAUGUUUAGAGAUUAAAUAGAUUUUGAAACUUAGGACUUAUAAAAUAUGAGCUAAUAAGGACCUAAGUUUCGCUUCAGGCCCCAAAUUCACCAAAUAUAGUUUAGUUACUCUAUUGAAAGUUUAUAAACUUCUGCUUUUAUUUAUCAGUGAUCGCCACUAUCUUUCAUAGUCAUUUUUUGCUUAAUUAUUCCCGUCCCAUUCGAUAAUCGGUCAUUGUUUCCCUUGUAGGUAUCUUGUACAGGGCAAGAAUGUUCCCUUAUUGCCUACUACCAGACUCUUUACAUUCAAUUUUAGAGUGAAAUAAUUAUGAAUUAUGGUAAUUAUCUCCAUUACUUAGAUGUGAAUGCUCCUCUUCAUUUAGGCUCUAUUCAUUGUGACUUUCAUCGUGUAUAAAUACAAUACCCUUCAUGGCCUCCUUAUCGUUAUCACUGAAUUGUUAAUUGUUUCUAUAUAUUAUACUGUUGUUGUCAUGUGUAAUAAUAAUGAU